AUGCUGUGGUAUCUGCUUUCCCCAAUUAGAGGGACGAGUGAUCCUCCUCGCUUGAGAUCCGACCACCCGAUUAGGAGAGCAUUCUACCGACACGGACUUAUCACAGCUCGAUACUGGCUUCUAUGCAUGCUGGUAUCAGUUUCUGUUGGUGUCUCUCUGAUAUAUCCGACCGUAUUCCAAUCGGACUUUCCUGCUGCUGGUCUCAGUGGACUACCCCAUCAUGUCUGGGCUUCAACACGGGCUUUCCCUGGCGAUGCCAACAAGCCUCACGAUCUCGAGAUGCGACAAAUAUGGAUUCAUGGAAGCUACAUGAAAGCGCUUGACAAGGAAUUGCUUCGAGAUGUCUUCGUCUUACAAAGUGCCAUACUUGGGGAUGCCAAUGAGGCCCACGUUCCUGACGCUCACAGUAUUGCUCACCCAAACUGGGGUUACCAUUCACCACUUACAUAUUGGAACAAUUCGCUGGCUCGAUUGGAAGCAGAUCCGGACAUUCUGUUGACAGUCAACGAGAACACGUGUCAGCCUUCUUUCUUGAACUUCACUCUUCGACCAUUAUCUGUGUUUGCAGGAAAGGCUUUCUCCGGUUCACGACUAGAAGCAGCAGAUGCUCUGAUCAUCUCCCUAUUCAAUCGUAAUAAUGAUCCGAAAGGAGAAAUGUGGCAGCGAAACAUACAAAUAGUUGCUAGCCAAUCUUCUGGCCUGCCGAUACAGUACCAACGGAAUGGCAGCCCUGAGCACAGCCAAUUGUUCGAGUAUCGCAUCCAGCCACUCAGCUUCCGUCAGAACUCCCUCCUGGCUAUGGCGUACGGCAUCAUAUUCAUCUACGUCGGCUUAAGUCUAAGGAGGUUGAAAGCCUUCCACAGUCGCUUUGGUCUGGUGGUGACGGCUAUCACCCAGAUGACAACUUCGAUUCUUGCGAGUUUUACCAUAUGUGGGCUACUGCAAAUUAAUCUCGCCCAGAUACCCCAGGAGGCAUACCCGUUCGUCGUAUUGGUUAUUGGCCUCGAGAACAUCUUCAGACUUAUCAAUGCUGUUGUGGCAUAUCCACCGGAGAUGAUGAACACACAACGUAUCGCCAAUGGAAUGGCUGACAUCGGUCAUUCUUCGUUGGCCUCAGCGGCACAAAAUUUACUCAUCCUUUGGUUGCUAUCCCUGGUCGUGUCUCCUGGAGUAGCGGCGUUCUGUGCAUUUGCCGCUGUGGCACUUCUCUUCGACUACUUUUUCCUACUUACGUUCUUCCUUGCCGUUCUUAGCGUGGAUAUACGGAGACUGGAGUUGCAGGACUCAAUCACAAGAAGUGGGAGUGUCCCAAAGCAAAAGUCGAGACCAAAGCAUCAUCGUACUCACAGCCAUCAUCAUGCUACUCAUCGCUCCGAAAAACAUACUUGGAUAGAUGCACUAAUUCAUGGAAGAGUACCAUUCUCAACACGUAUGGCCGGGUCCGCCGUCACGAUAAGCUUCGUCAUGGCUCUAAAUUGGCAUCUGACGGCUCAUGGACCACGCACUUCGGCGUCUGGCGUCUUUCCAGGGCUUUUCGAAAAGCAGGCUUUACCAAUGACUGCAUUUGAUGGAACAUCGCCCCCUCCUACAGAUCAAAGUCGCCAUCCCGCGACUUGGCUUCGGACACAGGACUACGAGAAUGCUGUCCACUUUAUGAAGGUGGUCAAGCCUGGAGCUCAAGGCUUCGUCGCCAAGAUAUAUGACCCGCUGGUGAUAACACUCGGAGGAGCGGACCGAAGCGGCAUAUUAUACCGCAAGGAGACAUGGCUACAGUCUCUACGUGGGGUCGCUACACAACACUUUUAUCCUACGGCCAUCGCGGUUGUAUUCGUCGUGGCCUUUGUCACAGUGCUGAUGAACUUUCUGCUGUGGGACGACAGAGCUGAAGAUGCAGAGUACGAGAAUGGAGGCGACAAUCUUCCAUUGACAGUAGAUGCAAUCGAGACUGGGCACAUGUUGGACGUUGUCAAGAUAACUGGUUGCCGACAAGGUCACAUGCUGUCAAUAGGACUUGAUCGGACAAUCUCCAUCUUACUGUUCAAGCCAGUGAGCAACUCCUAUAUGACGAUACAUCCGUCGCCAAGUCAGUGCGGAAGAAUCAAAUGGCCUAUACACGCUUGCAGCAUCAGCGACAAAGGCGAUUGGAUGGCAGUACUUGGUGAUGAUGGUCGGGUCUCGCUCGGAAAUCUGUCGCGAGGUGAAUUCACGCACGACUUUCAAACAGACAGCGAAGAGCGGCUGCCACUUCUCUUCGAGUUCAUCCCUUCUCCAUCAACGCCCAAUGGACAAGGGGUGUCCUUUGCUGUUGUCUCGGCAGACGGAAAAUUGACGGAGUUCCACACGCACAACAACUCGAUACAGACCUUCCGAGUAUCAGAAGGAGAGCUACUGGCUGCCUCGUUUAGCUUAGCACAGCGACACUUGCCCAAAAUCAUCCUCCUGCAUCCUGAUGGACACAUAUCGGCAUUGCAAAAAGCCUCGGGUAUGUGGACCUUCAAAGAGAUGCCUCUAGGGUAUCCACGACCGCUAGCAGACCGAACAGCUGGUGCCAGUGCAUGCCUGCACACGAUCGACGAAGUCGAGGCAUCGCUUAUCUGCACAACUAAUACCAUCACAUUACUGCAUACACCCACUGUGCGACAAUCUGGCUCUUUCAACAUCCCAAACGUCAAGCCUAAUAGUGUGCGUGUCUUACACACAGGCAGGAAUCAGUGUCUGAGUUGUGGCGGCAUGACUGCGAGCAGUCUAUCCCUCGUAUUCACAGAUGUCGAGACUAGGGAGUGUGUCGUGCGUAGCUACGCAGCACAGGGCGAACCAUUCAAGCCUCUUGGUCUGUUUACAGAAGAUCUCGUCUGCAACUGCGCCGCCAAGUUUCACUGGGAGAAGAAUGAGCACAGGCUUCCAGAGGCUGGGUCAUGGGAGUCAACGACGGAAGCAGUUGUCGGACUGCGCAGGAAGCCACAAAGUCCGCCCUCAUCUCCCGUCAUCUUGCCGAAGGACAGUGGGAACUUGUUGCGCCGAAGACGACGAGGUACUGGAGCUAGCUCAUCGUCAGGCGAUGAGAACGAGCAAUGGGAAGCUUAUCUGUACUCGGCAUCUGGCGAGCUGCACACAGUACCCAUCGAUAUGUCGGGAGAAAAUCAGCUGUAUGCAACAAGAGCUGGCCCAGCAUGCCAGCUCGGCUAUCGCUCGGUAGCCAUCGUACUAGGCAGCACAGUAUAUGUGGUGAAAGUGUGGGAUAACUGGGCAGACAAAGGCGCUAAAGGGGUAUCGGAUGGAGGAUCACAACCACUGCUCUCGCGAAAGAGGUGGACCAGGAAGGCUCAAUAG